AUGGAAGAAAAAGGAAAAUAUUUUCCUGAACUUAAUGAACCCCAGUGGUGGUUAGAUUUGGCUUUUUUUACAGAUGUGGUUCAGUAUUUACUAACUCUAAAUAAAUCUUUACAAGGAAAGGAAACACUUAUUUCUGAUUUGGCCCAGAUUGUAUUUAGCUUUCAAAACAAGUUAAAACUUUUUACAAAAGACCUUCAGACAAAAACAUUUGCUUACUUAAAAUGUUUGAAGAAAAUUAGUGAAAGCUUUCCCAAUAUUCUGGUGGAAACUGAAAAAUAUAUGAAUAAGAUAUCAGGCCUUGCUGAAGAAAUCAAUCGCAGAUUUUAUGAUUUAAGAUCACUUAAUACUGGAGUGUCAUCACUUAAACCUUCAUUUUCAUUCCUGGAAAAUCCUUUUGCUGUUGAUGUUGUGAGCGAUGGCUGUCCUAUUUCAUCACCAAUAACAAAGGAUACAGCAGCUGUAGAGUUGGUGUUACUAGAACUGCAAGAAGACGAAGGACUAAAAGGACUUAAACUAAGUGGCGUUUCAACCAUAGAAUUUUGGAAAAAUGUCCCAGAAGAAAAAUACCCACAAACAAAAAUGUGUGCUAUGAAACUUAUUUCAAUUUUUGGCACUACUUAUGUGUGUGAAUCAUUGUACUCAAUUUUAAAAUUCAUUAAAUCUAAAUAUCGAUCUGAACUAACUGAUGAACAUUUAAGUGAACUUGUGCGAACUGCGCUUUCAAAUUAUCAGCCAGAUUUCACAAAGCUCACAGAAAAAAAUGAACACUCGAAAAAGCACUUCUCAUAA